AGAGCAGAGCAGGGUGUGUCCCGCUCGCCCGGGGCUGGGGGGCGGGGCGGGGGGCGCCGAGCCCCGCCCCGGCUCCUCCCGCUCGCGCGGCCCGCACCGCCCCCUCCCAGCUCCCGCCCGCGCACCCUGUCGCCGGCCGCAGCUGUGUUCGCCGCCCCGCGCCUCAGCCAGCUAGCGUCUGCCGCGCCUCUCGGCCCAGUAGAUCUCACCAAAAUGCCAUCUCAGAUGGAGCACGCCAUGGAAACCAUGAUGUUCACAUUUCACAAAUUUGCCGGGGAUAAAGGCUACUUAACAAAGGAGGACCUCAGAGUGCUCAUGGAGAAGGAGUUCCCGGGAUUUUUGGAAAAUCAAAAAGACCCUCUGGCCUUAGACAAAAUAAUGAAGGACCUGGACCAGUGCCGAGAUGGCAAAGUGGGCUUCCAGAGCUUCUUUUCCCUAAUUGCGGGCCUCACCAUCGCGUGCAACGACUAUUUUGUAGUACACAUGAAGCAGAAGGGAAAGAAGUAGGCAGCACCGAGCAAUUACUCUGCCCUGAAAAGUGUUUUCUCAAAGGAUUGCUUCAAACAUCUGCCCCACAGCUUCUCCCUAUAUAAGGAUUUCAUGAGCAGAUCAGGAUCCUUAGAAUGUAUACAAAUAAAAUCCAACUCCCAUUUGUCAAGCAGAGAAGAAAAAGUUAAUUAAAUGCCAGAUGAGCUUUUGUUUUUUACAUUGUUUGCAUCCGCUUGCCCUCAAUAAACAUAAUCCUUUUUUUAGUUCCAAA